AUGUCCGGAAAAGUGCAGAAAGCUCCUGCUUCAGCUGACGAGAAGAUCCAGUACCUUGGCAGUGCUGUGCUCUUGCCUGGCUCUUCCCCAGACGCACCGCACCAAGGUCCCUCGUCUGCUGGUACUAUUGGUGAGCCUAUUUCGAAUUCGCGUGGGCUCUUGGUGGAGUGUUCCGAAAAAUUCCCUCCAAAACCAACCCAUUUAUCCAGAAAAAUAAGCAUACAAUCGCUCUGCAACCCGGGAAACUUGAAAUCCAAAAUCAGGCAGCUCGACAGCCAACUGCCCAAAAUGCGUCCACCUCCCCACCACGAUGAGGAAUGGGAAGAAGCCGUGGAGUUUGGGGAUGAACCGGCACUCGUCCUUGCUCGAUGUGGAGAGUACUGCGGAUAUGGGCGUUAUCGCCUCCUGCCGUGGGUCUAUUACCCCGGCGAUGCUAUUCCAGAUUUCGAUUUGCUCAACUUGGAGCAAAUCCAUCGGCUCCGCAAGAAGCUGUAUCUUAAGGAGGAUGGACGGCCACUGCUGCGUGCACCACCACACGACGAAUUCCGCAUUCUUCGACAACAGCUUGGGUUUUUUCUUCGGGCGUUCCAGGAGGCGAUUUUCAACCUGCUGAAGCCAGCUGAAAUUACAGAGUGGGAUCCGAUUUCCGCUCUCCUUAACGAUGGGCCUUCGCCAAAUCCUUAUUGA